CAGCAUCCGACACACACACUCUUAACAUUCGUUCGCAACAUGGCGUUGAAGCGCCGAGAGACACGACGGCUCUCCCCAGACUAGUGCAAGCUUAUUGUUGGAAAAGCAGGGGAGUGUUCACCAAAGAGACCUAAACACUGACAGAGGCUCCCUUACGCACCGGCAGAGACAAUAGCGGAUUCCAACAUAUCCAUGUCGCUAUAACGGUAUAGCUGGCUGUAUAGACGCACGCUGCUACCCCACUGGUGGAAAUCAAAGGCUGUACAUGGCGGUGGAGAGUACAAUUUGGCUGUUCUGUCUUCUUUCACUGUUUUCUGGUCCAUCCAAGCAAGAAAAGCCUGUUUCAGUGGAGCUGAGCUGCGGGGCUGGACCCAGCCAUGUAGUCUUGGAGCCUGGUUUGCCCCUCUUGCUGGACUGCAACUUGGGAGCCAGUGAAACACCUUUCAACGUCACUUGGCUGCAGGAUGGUCAGCCCCUGCCUUUAGAGGGGGGGGACUUCCUACAGUAUUUGGCCAACGGAUCCCUACUCCUGCCCGCCUCUAAGGAUGGCCAGCAUCCUCAGAGCAUGGAGGGGGGCUACAGCUGUGUGACUGCGAGCGCCCUUGGAGCCCUGACCAGCCGGACUGUAAAUGUGCUCUUGGCAAGUCUGUCUCAGUUCCAUCAGGAGCCGUCUCCUCAGACAGUUCCCGCUGGAGGAUCUGCUCGCUUUGAGUGCCAAAUCGAGGGAAUACCCACACCUGUGAUUACCUGGGAGAAGGACAAUGUGUCUGUUCCUGAAAACGCAAGGUUCAUUUCCCUUCCUAACGGGGUCCUCCAGAUUCUCGAGGUUAGCACAGAGGAUGAGGGCGCCUACCGCUGUGUUGUGUCCAACUCUGCAGGGAAAGACAUCAGUCAUGAAGCGAGGCUCACUGUCUCCACAGACUCUAAAGAAGCCUUGAACAGAGUUGUGAUUGUGGCUCCACCUCAGAAUGCUACCGUAGUCCUGGGCCGUCCUGCAGUGAUGGAGUGUAUGGCACAAGGCCAACCAAAACCACUGGUCUCAUGGAGCAGGCAAGAUGGAAAGCCCAUUUCAACUGAUAUGGUUGUCCUCGCAACAAACCUGGUCAUUAGGGACACGAGGCGUCAUCACGCUGGUGUUUAUGUUUGCCGGGCCAACAAGCCAAAAACCAGAGAGUUUGUGACAGCUGCUGCAGAGUUGCACGUGCCUGCCCCUCCAGUGAUCCUCCAGCCCCCUGAGACAGUGUCUCUUUCCCGAGGAAACACAGCGAGGUUUGUGUGUAACAGCUCUGGGGAGCCUCCCCCAGUGUUACAGUGGCUGAAGAAUGGCCAGCCCAUCAAGGCAUUCAGGCGGGUGAAAACCCAAAGCCCUGGAGUCCUGCUCAUCAACCAGCUGGCACUGGAGGACACGGGCUACUACCAGUGCAUAGCAGAUAACGGCCUGGGCACGGCCUGCGCUACUGCCAAGCUUACUGUAAUUGUAAGGGAAGGUCUCCCCAGCCCCCCUCGCCACCUGUCUGCCAUGCCCUACUCCAGCACAACUGCCCUUCUCACAUGGGAGAAACCUGAAUACAACGCGGACCAAAUCAUUGGGUACUCUGUCCACUGCCAACGUGCUGCAGGCUCAGAUAACGUGGAGUACCAGUUUGCAAUGAACAACGAUACCACAGAGUAUCAUGUCAAAGAGCUUCUUCCCCAUACUGCCUACACAUUUUUUGUGGUAGCCUACUCUCCCAUGGGUGCCAGUCGUCCAUCCCUGCCUGUAACUGUGGAGAUGCUGGAGGAUGUGCCAAGUGCACCUCCUCAGCUGUCUAUUGCCAGCACCUCCCCAACAGACAUUCGACUGAUGUGGCAUCCUUUGUCCUCACAGCACAGCCGAGGAGCUGUUACCCGCUACCGCAUUGAAUACAGCACUCUGGAUCAGUUGGACACUGUGUUCUCAGUGGAGGUGGGGGGUAAUGAGACCCAGUUUACACUUAGAGAGCUGCAGCCCAACCAGGCCUACCGACUGAGAAUUGCAGCUGGAACUGGUAUUGGCUUUGGUGUUCCAUCUGAGUGGGCUCAGCACCAAACGCUGGCAGACUACAACCACAGUGACCAAACUAUGGUCAUAUUUGCCCCUACUGAGCUGAAAGUCAGAGCUAAAGUCAGCACACUCAAUGUGACAUGGCAUCCAUCACCCAAUCACACACUGGUCUCUGGUUACAAGUUGUCCUGUCGAGAAGUGGAGGCUGAUGAAUCAGCCAAUGGAGAAAGGACAAUGCAGACCCACACCAUCAGGCUCCGCAAGAAGGCGAGGUACCACCUCCUCACUGGGCUGGUCCCUGAUCGGCAGUACGAGGUGAAGAUUUGGGCUUUCACUAAGCAGAUAGAUGGAGCAGCAGCUGUGUGGAAGGGAAGGACAGAGAAGGCUCAUGACAGAACAUCCUGGCCACCCAUGCGUCCUCCACCGCUGCCCCCAACCAGUAUUCAAGCCACAGCAAACAGCUCCACCUCUAUCUGGCUGCGCUGGGAAAAACCCCGCUUCAGCAAUGUGCGGAUAAUCAACUACACAGUACGCUGCAGUCCUGCAGGAACCACCAAUGCCUCUCUGGUCUCCUACCACACCAGCUCUUCUCAGGAGAUUUUGCUCGGGGAACUGAAGCCUUUCACUCGCUAUGAGCUGGCAGUGCAAUCUAAUGGAGUGGAUGUGGUGGGACCCUUCAGUGGCACCGUGGAGGAGGCGACUCUGUCUGACAGGCCCUUUACCCCUCCAGAGGAGUUGCAGCUGAGUGCACUCGACUCCUCCUCUGUGCUGGUGAGCUGGCGCCCUCCACUGGAACCUAAUGGUAUUAUUAUCAGCUACAAGAUCUUAUACAGCAGCAACAUCAGCCAGCCUGACCACUUAUGGAACAACCUCUCUCAGGAUGGGAGCAUUACCAGUGUGGAAGUCCAGGGUUUAUCCAGUGGAACACAUUACUUUUUUAAGUUGGGGGCAUCCACUGAGGUGGGGUCUGGGCCUUAUUCACUUGUAAAGGAUGUGCACAUUCCUACUCAGAAAUCUGAGUUGGACAUCCCUACAGUGACAGGCAUCAUAGUAGGUGUGUGUCUGGGGUUAAUAUGCAUCCUCCUCUGCAUGUGUUUCAGCUUUCGCAACAGCAAAGCCAGAGAUGUGUCAGGGGGCUUGGACUCCACAGCUGUGACCCCUCAUUUCAGAAGAGGAGGUUGCCCCAUUCCCUCUAAUGUGCCAGAGUGCAGCUAUACCCACGAACUGGAGACGCUGAUGCCCUCAGGCAGCCAGGAGUCUGGUCAGCCGCUAGCGGAGGUCCCAGAGGAGCAGAGCCUGAUGGCAAGUGCUAAUCCAGGGGAAGGGGAGGAUGCCCCUGCACCUGAAACCAAGGCUGCCUGGAAUGGCUCUGUGAGUCAUAACUGGGCCAACAGAAUCACAAGAUACAGAGAUACCAUCACAGAAGACCCUCCAACACUCAUUAACGGAGCUCUCAACAUGCUAAUUAAUGAUAAUGGCACGGACGUAGAUCAUCUGUGUGCAUCCCUGUGCAGUAACCAAGUUGAGGCAGAAGUCAUUGUUCACUCAGAGCUGUCAGAUCCCGGGAGGCAAAAAGAGGAGGAGUGCAGCAAAAGGGAGAGGGAUUCUAAUACCACCAGGGGACCCUCAUUAUCCGAGGAGGCGUAUUCCCCUUUGAGCCCACCCAGCCCACCAGGAGAGAAGGAACCUCUAGAAAAACUGUCAGUGGCCCAAAGCCCCUCGAGUCUUCCUUCACUAAAGCUGGUGGUUAAUCAAAACGGGGAGCUGGAAGGCACAGAGCUGCAGCAGGACACAGGGCUCACCAAUGGCUUCCACUCACCUAAGACUGUACGGUCUGUGCUGAGGUCAGAGCAUCUGGAGAACGGGGACUCCAGGCACCACCCCUCAGCAUCAGGGAAGGCCAUCUCUGCCGGGCUGUCCCCUGCCCCCUUUGUCAGCUCCGGCCUUGUCCACUCUACCUCAGCAGCACACACGUACCUGUGCCCGUAGCCUCUGCGUGUAGGGCGUCGUCCCUUCCUCAUACACAGACAUCUGACUGCUUUUCUUUCUUUUACACACCCAGGAAGAAUCCCUUUGGAUUAUGUCAUACACCUCAUUACUGGAUUUCUGUCACCUCCUUGCAAAAUUUUUAUAGGUACUUUGAAUCCAUGGUUUCAUACGUGUCUACACACAGUACAUACAGUAGAUUUCUAGUGGUACAGUACUGUAUGUGGGUAUGCAUUUUCUAGCAUUACAACCAUAAUUUCCUCUGGGUUUCUUUCCUGUCCAAAGGAAAGAGAAGAAAAUGUAAGUUAAUCAAGCAGAUGGAAGAAGAUUGAAGGAGGCUAUUCCCACUGUGUCGCACAUGGCUCUGUUCCACUCAGGAAUGAAACGUUGCCUGAGUGAGUGUGUGAGCACUUGGACAGGCUAUCAUCAUGAAUGGGAGGAUCAGAAACGCAGGUUCAGUGGGUCUCUGUAGGUUUUGGUAUGUGGAUGCUACUUUAGCGUGGCGUAGAGGAAUGAUUCUAAAAGAGCAUCUGCACACUCUGAGAGUGAAAAACACCUGUGUCUCUCUCCAGCCUCCUGCCAUCUCAGGGUCUAAACAGACACACACAGACACACUUAGCGUAAGCUAAAUCAUAGCUUGUUGAUUCCACAGUAUCUUACACAAACGUACAUGUUCACACAUAAACACAAAUUUACACACACAUUUCCAAACUGGAGUGUGAGGGUCUCAGGUGCCUAAUUAUUCUAGGUGCAUUUAUGUAUAUCUCUAUGAAUUAUUAUAUUCAGUUCAAGUACAAAACACACAUCAGAAUGAGGGGGGGGUCAGAUGUAAAAAAAAAAAAAAAAAAGUGAUACACAUUCAGUGUUCUUUUCCAAAUGCCAUAUAUCCAAGCGGAUUUUGUGAACCAGGGCCACUCAGAUGAAAAGUCAAAAUGGGAUUUUCUGUUGGUGGAUGUCUUCUUUUAAAAUGAAAUGAUUUACAUGUUUGUGGCAGUUUUAGUUGAAUCACAAUAGAACGAGAGGAGAUGUUACAACAACCCAUCUGAUCACUUUCCUGGUUUGGCUUCCAAUUAGGGAUGCACUGUUGUCUGUACUGCUGUUCAGCUAAAUAUAUGUUUCUCAAGUACUGUGCCAUGUUAACUGAUUAUUAUGAAUGGUUUGCUCAAAAGAAAUUAGUCUUUCUUCACAAUAUUAUAAUCAUGAUUAUCAGAUACGAACCAAAAGAAGAAACGACUGUUCUGAAUUUGUUUUUAACCGACCACAAACUGUUCGACUUGGUUCUAAUAUAUUGGAUCAGAUCCAUUUUGCAGAAAACCACUAUCUGCAGCUGAUGAGUCCCUCUGGGUCUGGCAGUGUAAAACUGGUGCAUCCCUACUCCUUAUCAACAGCACUACCUCAUUUCUUUUCAGGAUGGUUUCCAGUGUGGUUUUAGUAGUAAUAUGUAACUAGCACCUUUCUAUGAUCUUUUUCUUGACUUGUCUGAUUUUACAGCCUUUGGUAUUCGCAGAAAUAACUAUCCGACACUGACUGUAUGUUCUUGUGUUCCGUCAAACAAGAAAGUAUGUCGCUUUAGUGCAUCGCAGCUUCCUCUCAGAUCUUUGAUUGAUUGUGUUUUGCAGUAUUAUGUCUUGGUUAAAUUUUGCAGAGAAAAAUAACACACAGUGUCCUUGAUGCAUAACAUCUUUGAACACAUGCAGCUAGAUUAAUUCCAUUGCAAACCCACAGCAUCAACACCGGUAAAGGAAGUUCUACAGUAGCUUCUGAAAUGCAACACUCGGGCCUUUUUUGGAGGUUCUCUUUUUGUGUGUGUCUGUGUUCAAUGUUGUGAAGAAUUCAUUGUAAACACGUUUUAUUAGUAACAUUAUUUUGACAGUUAACGAAAAAAGAUUAACCUAAAGCUAAAAAAAUACACACUAGAACUACUUGCAACUGCAGGUGACAUAGGUGUUCAGCAGCAUGUAUGUACAGAGGAGUGACAAAUUAAAGGAAAAAGAUCUGACUCAUGUAGUCCCCAAAUGGUUAGAGGACUAUGAAUACUUAUACUUAUACUAUGACCCUCACAAUACCAGAACUCAACCCAGUCGACAGAGCAGUCCAUUAGAGAACACCUUUAGGACAGACUCUCAGAGCAGAAUCAACACAAAGGGACGCUGUUAUGGCGACAAAUGGUGGACAACACAUUAGCAAGACACUUCAUUGUGGGUUUUCCUUUAAUUUGUCACCCAUCAGAGUUAAGUUACAUACUAGCUGGUUCCAUGAGGUGCUUGCAUUUAAAUGUCUCUUUUCAAGGACACUAAUCCAAUACACAGACUCAUCUUUCAUUUGUGGUGGAAAUAAAGGUAAAGGCUACUCUGUAAGAAUGACAUUUACAGUGAAAUGUAGACAGUAUUAAGUCGAUAGCUACAGAGGCAGGGUUUCCUAGGCUGGGAUUGGUUAAUAAUAACAAUAACAAUACUAAUUAUAAUAAUCGUGGCAUUCAUUUUGGUGAUCGUCAGAUUACAUCAGAUCAUGUUUCAUCCUCUCUCAGGUGGCUCUAUUUCACAUCCAACUCUUAAAAAGAAGUGGUCAAACUUUGGAGAUCACUUACCUGCCUGUAAAUGAUUCUUCAUGACAUGUAUAAAAUAUCUUCAACAUGUUUCAUAACAACAUAUUUGUGUAUUUGCUCUGAAACCUUUAUUGUCUGUGACUUUCUGAACAAAAUGCAUGGUCGGUACCUCAAAGAGACUUAUUUUUUUAGCCUUGCCAUGUAUGUGCUUAACAUCGCAACAACACUGGGACAUUUCUUGCCCCAGUAGCAGUCGUGUAGGGACAGAAGUGAAUGUGUUCUUGGUGAACCUGGGUCACACAAAUAGAUGGAAAAGUGUUGGGUAUUAAACAUCAAGAGAAUUCAUCAAAUUGGAACAGAAGAUAUAAUACACGAAAGCAUUUGUGGUCAAAUCAAAUCAAAUCAAGAAAACUGAUUUAUGUGACAAUUUAUAUGCAUUGGAAUCAACCUGAGUUUUCUUCUGCCAUACAAACUAGCUAUUUUUCACUCUUUAUGUACAUAUAUAUGUUCUAAAGCAAACCACCAAAACUAUUUGUGUUGGUUUUUGGCCCAGGUUCUUUAUUGAUACUGUUCUGUAGUGAUAACUAUUUCUCAUCAUCCGGAAAAGCCUGUAUAUCCUGAGUCUAGAAAAAGACAUUCUUAAAAGCAUUCCAUUUUGAUAUCUUAAAACAUACCUCUCUCUGUCCAGGUCAGCCGUGAUUAGCCAUGUUACCUUAAAAAGAGAAGUGCUAAAACCCCUGACUGUGUUCCUGUUGCUGGAAUAGGCUAUUUCAGUUCAUUAAUUACGGCAUUUGCAAAUAUACAAGAUCACCCUUAGGUUCCAGUUUCUUUGUUCAGUCUAAAGAUUUGAAUCCUUUAGGGGUGAGGCUUUUUACAAAAUAUGCUUGCGAAGUUGUCUCUUACACCACAUGGUCAUAGGAAAUAAUUCACCAAUACAAGUUGGCAUUUUGUAUGUAUAUUUAUAAGAAAAACAAGAAAAAAAAUCUAACGCUACUAUUAAAUAUAGCGGCUGUUGCUACGACAUGGAAAGAGCAUUUUGUGCAAAGAUUUCUGUCAGGUCACUUGUCACUCAUUCACAUUAAUUAUUUUUUGAUUUUGCUUCUGCUCAGUACUGCUCUCAAGUUAUAUUUUCGUAAAAAGUACAAUGUCUACAGCAAGGCAGAAGUGUGUUACGAUGGACACAAAAUACCUUUGGAAAUGAGUUGAUCAGAGCCCGUUCUUUUCAGGUUUUAGUCCAUUAAACAAAGACACCACUGUGUCUGUGAUGCAACAGUUAGAUUAUAUGAUAAAGUCUUAGAUGAACAUGAAGGCAGUAAAUUGUAGAGUGUGCUUUUAACAUACAAUAUUUAAGUUUAGAGGUUUCAUUUUUCUUUAUGUUGCCACACAUAUUUCAGCUGCAUCAUGACUUUAUGCCUGGUUUUGCGUGUUGAUUCAGUCGUGGAAUAUGAUGAUGUGUGGAGCCAACACAGAGGAUCUGAAAUGGGGAUUAGCAUAAACCUGCCUCCAGCAUAAAGGAUGUAUGCUCUCCUUAUAGGAGCUCUUUUAACUCUUUUAACCACUAUCUAUUAAUAACAUGUCACUUUUUUUUAUAUUAUUUGUUUGUUGGCUAGAACAAUCAGGUUUGUUGGAGGAAAAAUGUUCAUGCUCUUAUUUGCUAGAGAUGAUAACUAAUAACUAAUUUGAUAAUUAUUCUCAUUUCAUCCUCUUUUUGUAAGGGUUUUAUUAAACAGUAUACCUCAUAUUGGUAACUUGUUGAUUUGAUUCUGAUCAGUGUCUUGAUACUGCACAUUUUGUGAUGAAUAGAUCAUUUACAUAGGCAUCCUGUUGUUUUGUGUGCCAAGUUUUUUUUGUCUUUUUCAGGAGGACAGGAUGGACUGUUUAGUUUUACCUCAGUGUGAGUUAUUACUCAUUACAGUGGCCUGGAUGGUAUAGUCUAGUGGUGACGGGGUAGGAAAAUAAGGGGAGGAGGAGGGGUCAGUGGAAAUAACAGAAAUUGACUUGUAUGUUGUUAUUGUGCAGCUACUGAGCCCAUGUAUUUCAGAAGUUCAUAAUACUGGUUCUCUGCUACAUUGGCAGUCAUACCUCACUAAAUAAACAUAGGGGAAAUUAGGAAAUAGUUAUGCUGAAUGACAACCUAAAAGUCUUUUUUUGGUUAAAAACCACUCAAAUAUAAACCCAGGUGACUGUGGUCUUAAGCAGGGAGAAGGGCUAAAGGGACAUCCCCCCCAUGCAGGUCAUACCUCUCAGUGCAGACAGCCAUUUAGAAAUAAUUGUCUAUUCUCUACUCAGGUGCCCCAUCUUUGCAUAAAAUUGUAGAGGAUCAUACCAGCAUAUUCAACUCAGAUACAUGUCAUUUGUUGUCAAUCAAAGUCUCAUUUUGUCCUUUUGGAAAGUAAUCAAGGAAACUUAUGCACAGAUGAUAUUUUGUUUUGUA